AUGGCGUCCGAUCUCUCGGCCCCUCCCGUCCUCUCAACUCCCGACGACCACAUCCUCGAAGUUCCCGCCGCCGACUCCAUCCCCAAAUCCAUACUCUCCGAUGAUGCCCUCCGCGAAACGUACGAGGUUGUUCGCACAGCAGAUGAGAUCCGCACUGGAGGAUGGAGGCGCAUCGGUUUACAGUUCCCGGACUUUAUGUUGGUAGACGCCCCUCGUGCUGUAGAGGCUCUAUCGAAGGAACUCAGCGCGCAUGAUGCGCAGGAGGAGGGCAAGGCUGAGAGGAGGAUAUACAUUCUUGCGGAUAGCAGUUACAGCGCCUGCUGUGUUGACGAGAUAGCUGCAGAGCAUGUUUCAGCAGAGGUGGUAGUUCAUUAUGGUCGAACGUGUCUGAGUCCCACGAGUCAUCUCCCUGCGAUAUACGUUUACACCACACACGAUCUCGAUUACAAGGUGACACUGGAGGAAAUCAAGAAAGAGUUCAGCGACAAGACUGUCAAGUUGGUCAUAAUGGCCGAUCUGACGUAUCAAAAUCACGUUGACAAAGUGGUUUCCCUCCUCAAAGACGAAGGCUAUACCGAUGUGGUUUCCACAGCAGUCACACGCGACCCUGCCGCUUUGAUACCGAACCGCAAGAUCCUCUCCGACGAAGCUCAUGACGACGAACAUUGGAAGGCUUACUCGAUCAUCCACAUCUCCGACCCGCCCUCUGCACUUCUUCUCGCCCUAUACUCACGAUUCGCCUCAUUACAUGUUCUCGCCACGCCAUCUUCAACGCUCGAGAACCCCACCAUCCGCACAGCAGGUCUCCUUCGGCGCCGGUUUGCGAAGGUGCUGUCGCUGGCUUCCGCCGGUGUGAUCGGUAUCCUCGUGAAUACACUUUCAGUCGCAAACUACCUCAGCUCGAUCAAUACGCUCCGCGAAAAGAUCGCUCGUGCGGAUAAGAAGAGCUACACUAUUGUCGUUGGAAAGCUCAACCCCGCGAAGCUGGCAAACUUUGCUGAGAUUGAGGGUUGGGUUGUGGUCGGAUGCUGGGAGAGCGGCUUGGUCGAAGAUGAUGCUGGAUACUGGAGACCAGUCAUCACACCGUUCGAGCUUGAGGUGGCCCUCAUGAGCGAGGAUGAACGAGUCUGGGGCGGCGAGUGGUGGGGUGGUAUAGAGAAGCUUGGGCUCAACGACAAGCCUCAAGAUGCGGUCAGCGAGUCCAAGGAUACCGCCGGGCCAGAAGAGGAUCAGCUUGAUGAUGUAGCUGGAGGCGUUGAAGGAGAGGAAUCUGCUCCUCCCGAGUUUGACAUGCGUACCGGCAAGCUCAUCUCAUCAAGUCGACCUAUGAGACUUCCAAUUCGCAACGGCCCCUCUGCUACCAACGCCACGGAGGCGAUCGGCGACGGUCCCGCCGGUACAGCCAAGCAGAAUGAUGCUCUUAUCAAGCGCAGCGUCGGAGAAUUAGCGAGCAUCAACGGUGUCGCGAGUCCUGGAGCCGAGUUCCUUCGCUCUGGUCGCACAUGGCAAGGAUUGGGCACCGAUUUCGACAAUGAAGCUAGCACAUUAGUCGAGGAGGGUCGAAGUGGUGUUGCUCGAGGCUAUCAAGUCGGAGAAUCGGACAAACAUUGA